GCAAGGAUGUCGCCUAGUGACAUCUGGACGCGCAACCAGGCCCAGGUACGGGAAGAUCCACCUAAAGUCGAGGGCGAGCUGACGACAACCACGCCCACGACCCCGGCGCCUUGUCUCCCGCGCCAUGAUCAUCACGUAGGUCUCGAACACCUCUCCACAACCAUCAAUGCGGGUGAAGCAUUGCCAAUAAUUCUCCGCGCCCUCGCUACUAGCCGUUGCCGUCUCCCACCAUGCUUAGCGGACCCCCGAGGGCCAUCCCGCUCGUCUUCGUCUUUCUGGCCGCCUGCCUGGUGUGGUGGUAUCUCCACGCCAUCCCAGGCGCCGGCUCGUCGAUUCCAGCAUGGAACUCCGGGAGUGCUGCCCAGGGCUAUCGGCCCUCGUUGCGCGGUGACCCGCUCGACUUUGGCCUGCCGCUGCGCUUCUCAGACGGGCAGAAGAAGCCGCCGGGCAGCAACUACACGUACAAGAUCAUCGUGCCCAAGACGCAGAAGGAGGACAUUAGCUGGAUGGACAAGGAGAUCCCCGAUGCGCCUCUGGUAGUCUAUGAAGUGGACAACCCCAAUGCCGAGCACAAGAUCCCCAAGAACAAGGGCCGCGAGGCCAUGGUCUACCUCUCCUACAUCAUCGACCACUAUGACGACCUCCCCGAUACAUCCAUCUUCAUGCACGCCCACCGCCACGCCUGGCACAACAACCAGCUGCUCGGCCUCGACGCAGCGCAGAUGAUCCAGCGCCUCAACCACGAGCGCGUCGCUCGCAUGGGCUACAUGAACGUGCGCUGCCACCACGACCCCGGCUGCCCCGACUGGAUCCACAUGGACCGCCCCGGCGGCGACUUCGACUUCUUCCACAAGCCCGAGGAGAUCUACUGGCGGCGCAACAUCUGGGAGGAGAUCCACCCGGGAGCCCCCAUCCCGCCCUCCAUUUCCGGCAUCUGCUGCGCGCAAUUCGCCGUGUCACGCCAGCGCAUCCAAGAAGUCCCCAUUGAGCGCUUCAUCCACUACCGCAAGUGGCUCCUCACAACCGGCAUGGACGACCAGUUCUCCGGCCGCAUCUUCGAAUACAUCUGGCACUACAUCUUCACCGGCCAUGAAGUCCACUGCCCGGCUAUGAACACAUGUUACUGCGACGGCUACGGCAUCUGCUUCGGCGGCCAGAAGAAGUACGACGAGUACUUCAAGAAGCAGGACGCUCGCAACGAGAAGUUUACCGAGCUAGAUAAAUUCAACAAGCGCGAAGAGGAGGCUAAGAAGGACGGAAAGGACCCCAACUUUUCCAAAGAAGAAAUCGAGACAAUCACGAAGCUUAGGACAGAGAUCUCGGGUAUGGAUAGAGAGUUGGAUGCGUUGAGGGAGGAGGCGAAGAAGAGGGGUGAUGACCCCAAGGCGAGGAAGGAGGAGACGGAGAGUUGGGAUUCGACGCAUAUCUGGGACUACGCUCCGAAGAACAAUUAGGUUGGGUAUUUGGUGAUGGGUAUAUCUUGGGAAGGGGGGUUACUGUCACUGUUCACGCAAACCGCAUGCACAGGGUAGGCGUUCAAGGGGGCGUUUUCGAAUAGGGCGUACUUUGGUAUCGUCGCGGCGAGCUUGCGCCGUGCAUGAGAGCUUGCAUUAGAUUUCCGUCACUUAAGAUAGUACUUAACGAUGUGUUGUUCUCUCUGCUGAGUUUGGAAUUUAUGGUGCUGGUGAGGGGUUCUCUCACCUGUCGACCUGGUCAAUCGAUAUAUCUCGACUGGUCGUAGGAAAACAAAAUUCAGUAUCACGCAUCUAAUUUUC